CCAUAAAAAAAACCUGAAAAUGAGGUCUCCGGCGUUCCGAGCGCAAAAACCACUGGCAUUUUCCGUUAUGCCGAAAACCUAGCCAGCAAAGACCAAUCCGCGCUGCCUAUGGGGGGGCUCACGUGCUCCGAUCGCCUCCCCGCUAGCGGUGGAUCCUGGACGGCAGAGGCGUCGGAGCGAUACGCGAGGGAGGUGUUCUGCAACGAUCCUGCUUGCGAUGAAGCCCUGCGGCUUAACUACUGUGGCAACGAGAUCUCGACCGCCAAGUACACUACGAUGAACUUCGUACCUAAGUCACUUUUCGAGCAAUUUCGACGAGUGGCUAACGUGUUCUUCCUCGUUGUUGCUUUCGUCUCCUUCACCCCUCUCGCGCCCUACCGGGCGGUGAGCAUUGCUCUUCCCCUUUUCUUUGUCGUCAGCGCUACUAUGGCUAAGGAGGCUGUCGAGGACUGGCGUCGAAAGCAGCAGGAUAUUGAAGUUAACAAUCGGAAAGUUGAUGUAUAUGAUGGAAGCCAUACUUUCAAUAGUACAGAAUGGAAAAAACUAAGAGUUGGGGAUAUCGUUAGAGUGGAGAAAGAUGAGUUUUUUCCUGCCGAUCUAGUUUUGAUUUCUUCAAGUAGUGAAGAUGGUUUUUGUUUUGUUGAAACAAUGAACCUUGAUGGAGAGACAAACCUAAAAAGAAAACAAUGCUUGACGGUUACAUCAAGAUUCCAGAGUGUUCAUUCUUUUCAGAAGUUUAGAAAUUUGAUUAAAUGUGAAGAUCCAAAUGAAAAGCUUUAUAGCUUCAUCGGAACAAUGUAUUAUGAAGGUUCAGAAUAUUCUCUUUCCUCCCAGCAGAUUCUUUUGAGGGACUCAAAGCUCAGGAACACUCAUUAUAUAUAUGGUGUUGUAGUUUUUACUGGUCAUGACACAAAAGUCAUGCAAAAUGCUAUGGAUCCUCCUUCCAAGAGGAGCAAGAUUGAGAUGAGAAUGGAUAAGAUAAUUUAUAUUCUCUUUUCUGUUCUUAUUGCAAUUUCUUCCACUGGUUCCAUCUUUUUUGGGUUAAAAACAAAGGAAGAUAUUCAUGAUGGGAUGGCCAGCAGGUGGUAUCUUAGACCAGACAAAACUUCUAUAUUAUUUGAUCCAAAAAGGACUUCAUUAGCAUCUUUUUGCCACUUUUUGACUGGUCUAAUGUUAUAUGGCUGCUUAAUACCUAUUUCUCUCUAUAUAUCUAUAGAAAUUGUUAAAGUUCUACAAAGCACAUUCAUUAAUCAGGACCAGGAAAUGUACUGCAAGGAAAUGGAUCAGCCUGCUCGCGCUCGAACAUCAAAUCUGAAUGAGGAACUUGGUCAGGUAGACACGAUCUUGUCUGAUAAAACUGGAACAUUAACAUGCAACUCAAUGGAGUUCUUGAAAUGUUCUAUUGCUGGUGUUGAUUAUGGUUGGGGAAACUCUGAAGUGGGUAAAGAUUUGAGUACAGGAACACUGGAUGGUGAAAUUGAGCUUCAACCAGUAGCAUGUAGUUUAAAGUCACAUGCAAAUGAUGGAGACUCGGGGAAGCAAGUGAAAGGAUUCAGUUUUUCAGAUGACCGAUUGAUGAAUGGGUCGUGGGUUAAGGAGCCUCACCAUGAUCUUAUACAGAUGUUCUUUCGUGUCUUGGCUGUCUGCCAUACUGCCAUCGCUGUGGUGGAUAGUAAAUCUGAUGGCAUUUCUUAUGAAGCUGAAUCGCCAGAUGAAGCAACUUUUGUUGUGGCUGCAAGAGAAUUGGGUUUUAAAUUCUAUGAAAAAACCCAGUCGAGCAUAUUAUUGCGUGAGUUUGAACCUUGUCUUGGCAGAAUGGUAGAUAGAACAUAUAAAAUUCUCUGCACAUUAUCAUUUAGCAGUUCUCGGAAGCGAAUGUCUGUUGUCGUAAUGACUGAGGAGGGUCAAGUGUUGAUCUUUUGCAAGGGUGCAGACAGUGUAAUAUUUACCAGACUUGCAAAGAAUGAGCAAAUUUUUGAGUCGACAACCAAAAAUCACAUUAAAAAGUACUCGGAGGCUGGCUUGCGUACAAUGGUUGUUGCUUACCGUGUGGUCAGUGAAGAAGAGUUCAACAUAUGGCAUGAUGAGUUUUCGAAAGCCAGCAAUGCUGUCAGUGCUAAUCGUGAUGAAAUGGUUGAUGCAGCCGCUGAAAAAAUUGAGAGGGGCUUGAUUCUUUUAGGUGCUACAGCAGUUGAGGACAGUUUACAAAAAGGGGUUCCUGAAUGCAUUGACAAACUAGCUCAAGCUGGAAUCAGAAUCUGGGUUCUGACUGGUGAUAAGUUGGAAACUGCAAUCAACAUCGGGUUUGCCUGUCACUUACUGCGGAAAGAUAUGAAGCAAAUCAUAAUUACUCUAGAUGAAUUAGAUCCCUCUGUUUUUACCAAGGGAGAUGAUGAAGCCCUUAAAAAGGCUUCUCAUGAAAGUGUUACCAGACAAUUACAUGAAGCACAAUUUAAAGCUAAUAUAUCGGAAAGGAAUUCUGUUCUCUAUGCUCUUAUUAUUGAUGGUAACUCUCUGGCCUUUGCUCUUUCAAAAGAUUUGGAGAGGUCCUUUUUUGAUCUGGCCUCUGUUUGUGCAUCUGUUAUCUGUUGUCGGACAUCUCCUAAACAGAAAGCACUUGUUGCCAGAUUAGUUAAAAGAACUACAAAGAAAACAACACUUGCAAUUGGUGACGGUGCAAAUGAUGUUGGAAUGCUUCAGGAGGCUGAUGUUGGUGUGGGCAUUAGUGGAGUUGAGGGGAUGCAGGCUGUAAUGUCUAGUGAUUUUGCAAUUGCUCAAUUUCGUUAUUUGGAGCGUUUACUACUUGUUCAUGGGCAUUGGUGUUACAGGCGGAUUGCUGCCAUGAUUUGCUAUUUUUUCUACAAGAACAUUACGUUUGGCUUUACCCUGUUCUGCUUUGAGGUUCAUACUUCUUUCACUGCACAACCUGCAUACAAUGACUGGUACAUUGCCUUCUACAAUGUUGUCUUCACCUCACUUCCAGUGAUUGCUCUUGGCGUAUUUGAUAAGGAUGUCUCCUCACGGCUCUGCCUGAAGUACCCGCUGAUGCACCAGGAUGGAGUGCAGAACAUUCUAUUCAGCUGGCCUCGCAUUCUCGGCUGGAUGAUUAAUGGAGUCUUCAGCUCCAUCAUAAUAUACUAUUUCACUUCAAGCGCCAUCCUUGACCAGGCCUUCCGGGUGGAUGGGCGGGUCGGAGGACUUGAUAUGCUUGGUCUCACCAUGUACACCUGUGUGAUCUGGACUGUGAACUGCCAGUUAGCUCUCUACCUGAACUACUUCACCUGGAUCCAGCACCUUUUUAUUUGGGGCAGUAUCUCUUUCUGGUAUGUCUUUUUGGUCAUCUAUGGACUCUUUCCUCCUUUUAUUUCUACAUCAGCGUACUGGGUGUUCCUGGAAGCUGCAGCUCCUAGUCCAAUUUACUGGAUUGUCACUUCAGCUGCUGUGAUCAUUGCCCUUUUACCAUAUUUUGUUUACAAAAUUUUCCAAACAAUUUUUUCUCCUGAAUAUCUUUAAGAUGUUCAAGGGAAAUGUCAUGAGAAUAUGCGAUGAAGCCAUAUAGUUUAGAACUAGUUUUUCUUUUCUUAUCAAUCCAUAUACUUAGGUGUUAUAGUUUUUAUAAAGAAAUAUGUUUAUAUUGAUUGUAAUUCUUUACACGAAUUUUGCUGCAUGCAUAAUUUGCAGAUCUUUUCAUUCA